GAAGCAGUCCCACUGUGGCGAGUAGGGGCGGCAGGAUCGGCGGAGUGGCGUGGCUUCGUUCGCCUGAACUUCACACGCCACCAUACAUCCCUGUACUCUUUCGGUCGUCGGACUUCCUUGAAAUAUAAAAAAAGGUUUCCGGUUAAGGGACUGGCACAUGCAGAUUUGCUGUUCACAGCUGAGUGUGAUCGUCUUUACCAUUUCACCAGACGAUUGCUUGGUCUGAGAGGCAGAAAAAUCACAUCUGACGACCAUGGUGCUAAAACCGGACGGGAGCAGUCAGCAGGUGACACCACAACACCAUGUUGCACAGCAGGGCAGCUCGGCCUGCCUACAGUGUCCUGAUGGUCGCGCGUCAGUUGUUUAUAACUUCGAUGCUGGAAAACCCCAUGGGUCAAAGGUCUGAACACGUCUUAUCUCCCUCCUCACAGUUUACCUCAUGCCACAUUCCAGAAAGCAACAUCGGCAGCUUUGACGACACGUUUUCAGAACUUGGACCAGUGAACAAUAUCCUUGUCGCGACCCCUUGUGACGGCUUGCACCAAAUGACACUGGGGGAAGAUUCUUCAUUAGCAGCCACAUCAGCAAGAGGAGAAAGGAACCCUAGCGCUGUUGUAGCGAAUCAAACCUUUACAGAGAGUAAAGACAGCUCUUUAGAUGAACAAAAACCUUUCGGAGGAAACAGACAUCUACGCGAACAGUGACUACACCGACACCGUAUCCAGCGUUGACAGCCAUACUUUUCUUCUUCCUGAAAAACGCACCGAGGAUGAUGCCGAGGAUGACACCGCUGAUAAGAAGAACUCACUCACGGCUACAGCCGUGGCUUCUCAAGAUAAUGCUGCCUUCUACAAAAACCCAGCCUUCGCGGAGGAGUUUGGCACUGAACAUGCUGAAAACUUUAUUGAAUUUAGCAGUGCACCACAAGGUGAUCUGCUCAAUAAUGUGACGAUCAACAGGUGUAGCGACACGUGUUUGGAAAGCUGCAUCAGGCAUCAGUGUGUAGAGGAAGUGAACGCAGUCAGUGACCUUAAAGAACGUGCAUAUCCAUCCGAAACUGCCAUUUUAGUGGAGAACACAGCCGUUGCUGAGCUCGUGGAACUUUUAAAAGAGCAGUGCCCCAGCGAGUGUGUGGACAUUCAGGUACAAGAACUUCACGAACCCGUCUACCAGCCACUCACUGAGCCUGUAGAUAAACAAGGAUGGAUGAACAGCACGGAGAGUCUGCACCAGUACAAGCUACUCAAGCAGGGCCGCUCGCAUCUAGAGCCCGGAGAGCAUGACCACAGCAGCUUCCGCAGUCUGGCGGCUGAAAGCCUCAGCUCCCUCAGCCGCGCCUGCCAGGUGGCCCUCGUCCACAUUCGCACAGACAUGGAGUUUGGAUCUAUGCUUUCAAUCGAAGACCACGCCAAAUGUCCCGAUCAGGACAAAGGAUUCUUGCCCAGCGAGCUGGAAUCCCUGAAGAAGGAAGGCCAACAGAAGUCGGGUCCCGCCGUGCAAAGCGGGCGCCACAAGCGAAAUAUGAUCUUCAUGUCCAUUCUGGUCACCCUCGUCUUCAUCUCUCUCAAUUCUGCCCGUAACCUGCAGAGCAGCAUCAACCACGAGGGCGGCGUAGGCGUGACGUCAUUGGCCGCCUACUUCAUCCUGUACACGCUGGGCAGCCUGGUCAGUCCCGUGGUGGUCAAGGGCCUGGGCGUGCGGCUGCCCGUGCUGGUCGGCCUGGUAGUGCAGCUGGCUCACAUUGGCGCCAACUUGUAUCCCGCCAUGUGGCUCAUGGUGCUGAGCUCGGGGGCUGGGGGUUUCACCGUGGCGCUUAUGUGGAACGCCAUGUCCACCUACAUCGUGCUGCUAGCGCGGGGCGAAGCCGAGGUCAAGCGUCUAACCUACGAACGAGUGUCGGAUAAGUACUUUGGCUUCUUUUCCUUCAUCUUCCAGUUCAACCUCAUGGUCGGCAGCGUCAUCUCCUCUCUGGUCCUAACGUUUCAACCAAGCCGGCGCUGGAACGGCGGCUGUGGCAUUGGCCAACAUGUCGAUCUCGAAUUUGUCGGACGCGAACGUGCAGCACGUUAUACCUCCCCCGCAGUAGUCGAAAACGGCUCAGUUUCCUCCAGUGUCGCAGACUGUGAUAACACCACUGAUUCGGUGACUGUAUUAAACGCCACAAAAGGGUCCCACCUUUCUGUAUGCGGAGCAGAAUUUUGCCAUCUUUUAGCUGUCAGCCAGGAGUCGUCUGUUGUCAGCGAUGAGACCAAGUAUCUCCUAUUCGGAACCUUCAUGCUUAUCAUCGUCGUUGCCUUUCUUAUCGGCGCUUUCCUGAUGGAACCUCUCCGGCCUCAUCUUUUGUCACCUUCAUCGGCCCCGCUAAAGAUGGUCAAACAGCAGCUGGUGUCUUUGGCACGCUUCUCCCGCAACCCUAAGUUUCUUCUCCUGACACCCAUGCUUCUGUACUUCUCCAUGCAAUUCAACUUCAUCUGCUCAGACGUCAUGAUGGCUUAUGUGACUUGCCCGGUGGGAGUGCAUAUGGUGGGCUACACCAUGGUCUGCUACGGCGCCAUGUGUAGCGUGUCGUCCUACGUCAACCAGGCCCUGGCCACCCGAGUCCGUCGCAGCUGCUUUAUUACUAUAGUCCUUGAAAAAAUCAAACUAAUGAUGAGAAUCCGAGGGAAACUGGCAAGUCACCUAUACGGUCUCGUAGAGCCAGGCCCUUGCUCAGAGCUGUUUGGCCAUGGUUCUCCAAUGCAGCAUACACUCCAAUCCGAAUGUAGAAGUCCCUCGGCUCCAAGAAGGAAAAGCUUUAGAAGCUGUCACGCUUGCGCACUGAAUGCAUCUAUGCUUAUCUUCUUGAGAGUGUGGCAACCACAUCCUGACACCUACGUGCCUCUCUUCAUCGUGACUGGUCUCUGGGGCUUUGCUGACGGAAUCUGGAACGUGCAGACAAAUUGUCUCAUGGCGUCUAUGUUCGCCGACCACUACGAGGACGCGUUCACGGGAUUCCGGGUGGGCCAGGGGCUGGGAGGUGCCCUCGUCAUGUCGUACUCCCAGUUUCUGUGCAUGGCCGUCAAGAUCUACAUGAUGCUCGCAGCUGUCGUCGUUGUCUUUGCCGGCUACGUCGGAGCAGAAGUGCUCAUUCGCCGAGACCGCAAGAAGUUACAACGCCCCCACGAGAAUGAAUAUGUCUGAGCGAAGAGCAGCGCACAGUCGCGUGACUACCACUGACGAAGAGAGAACUAAUGCGCGAGUGUGUGUGUGUGCGAGGGUGAAUGUCCUGCCAUGUGGCUGCGGGAUGCCGCCGGCUGCAGAACAACGUGAAAGAUGAAUAACAACUUUUGCUGGCACUUUAUUUUAUUUGCGAAUCAAAGGGUGAAGCAAAAGGAGAGAAGAAAUGAAAUGAGAUUAGUGAGAGAAAAAAUGGAGGGGUGAGGGGAGAUGCAGAGUGCCGUUAACGUUUCUAAGGGCCGAAGGUCACAUUGUCGACUUGCCCUAAAGUCUAAUUGUAUCGGCAAAUGUAUAAACUAACAAGUAUGGACUUCGUGCAGUAGUGUUCAGCUAAAAUCCGGUGACCUGAAUGUUCGCCCCAAAACCAUUUGUUCCUGCGACCAAAAUUCAUUUCGCCAAACUUGGGCAAACGUUCGACGACAUAAGUACGUGUGCCUGAUGCAUGACAAUAACAGUUUGUAUUUAAAAAUGCAUGUCUCAAACAUAUCUGUCGUAUACACAAAUGGCCGUAUUGUACUAAAAUCUUCCCCCAAACUAUUUUUUUAAAAAUAAUACUUGUUUUUCAUUCAUUGAAAAGUGAAAAUCUUGUUUGCGUAUAUGUAUAUGCCAGGGUGUAUUUACUUAAAGCGAAGAAAGCAAUUUUGAUAUUAUAGUGUAUUUCAUGACAUACGUAAUAUGUAUGUAAUGAUUAAAGCUUGUUUCUGCUGAAUUCCGUAUUUGUGAGCUACAGUGCGCGGAAUUACAGAACCUAGUUCACGGGAUCUCCUCGGUUAAUCUAAGUGGGAAGAAUCUCUGUUGAAAUAGUUUUACAUUUUGACAAUGUACUGAGCUGCUGCCGCUUUCUUUUUUCAUAUCUGCGGAAAAGAGGCAGUGCAUUUUUUGUCUGUUUCUUUUUUAACCUUGCUUAUUAUUUUACAUGUAACGCUUGCUUUUGACGAAUGUUUUAAAAAUUAUAAUCAUUGCCUUUACUAUGAAAGGACCUAUUUUACUUUUCUUUCUCAUAUUAUCAAAACUUUCAAUCUUGAGUUUUUACACGUGUGUUUUCAUUUGACGCUUGGUGAACAUAAUUUUUUUCUGCCGAGUUUAACAGGCAGUCACAGCCUCCUUUCAGUAGCGUAUCCUUGACCAUAUGCAUUGACAUCCUCUCGUUUGUUUCUAGUCACAAGCACGGCUGGUUCAAUGUCAGGGGUCAGUUUUUAGCAGACAGUUGAGACCUGUUAGUGUCCACAUCGUUAAGGUCUCAACACUUUCCUAAGUUUAGUGUUUGUUUACUGUUCUUAUCGCUUUUGGUCUUGCCUUACAUUUAUAUAUAGGCAUCCAGCUUGUAUGGCAAACUCAGUACAUCGCUGUCUGUAGUACAUCAUACAUAAUUUAUUUAAGGAAAAGUGAGGAGGAAACAUUAGAUAAUCCCAUUAAGAAGUCGGAUUCAUAAGGGUACAGAAACAAGGGUAAUGUGUGUGAGCAAGAGAAUUGAGAGCUCGUUAUUCCUUUCAUCAUGAUGUUUGUAACAAGUACGUUCAUACUUGUUAUUUCUUUUAUGAGGAUUGAAACUGGAGAGUUCGUGGAACUGAUUUUUCUGAAAUUAUCGCUGCAUGUCGUGCAGUAUAUUUAGGCUGUUUUCUUCAGCCAUUUUAUCAUUAAAUAAUUUGUCAUGCAAGAUGUCAUAAAAUCCUAAUGAAAUGAAUAUAUUUAAUAUAUUGUGAAUACAUAAAUGUUCAAAUAUUUUAAGCUUAUUAAAGCAUUUUAUUUUCAAACUU